CCUCCUCAAUCAUGGAGAAUGUGUCCAUCCUCGGCGUCGCACCACCACUCUGCAACGAUUCCGUGGACUUCUACUCCCUCACGCCGGUGAACGGCACCGAUCCGAACUGCACUCCUCCCUCUGAGUUUUACUUCUACGCCAUUUUGCCGGUCAUCUACUCUGUAAUCUGUGCUGUCGGACUGACGGGCAACACGGCUGUCAUCUAUGUGAUCCUCAAAGCCCCCAGGAUGAAAACCGUCACCAAUAUGUUCAUCCUGAACUUGGCCAUUGCCGAUGAUCUGUUCACUUUGGUGCUGCCGAUCAACAUAGCCGACCACUUGCUGCAGUACUGGCCUUUCGGCGAGGUUUUGUGCAAAGUCAUCCUGAGCAUAGACCACUACAACAUCUUCUCCAGCAUCUAUUUCCUCACAGUCAUGAGCAUCGACCGCUACCUGGUCGUUUUGGCCACGGUGAGAUCCAAGCGCAUGCCUUACCGCACCUACCGAGCGGCCAAAAUAAUCUCAUUAUGUGUGUGGAUACUUGUUAUCCUCAUCGUCUUGCCUUUCACCGUUUUCGCUGGCGUGUACAAGAGGCCCAAUGACGGGAAGAAUAGCUGCGUGCUCAGCUUCCCGAGCCCCGAGAGCCUGUGGUUCAAAGCGAGCCGGAUCUACACGCUCAUCCUGGGCUUUGCCAUUCCCGUCUCGACCAUCUGUAUCUUAUACACCAUGAUGCUCUACAAGCUGAGGAACAUGCGGCUCAACAGCAACGCCAAGGCGCUGGACAAGGCCAAGAAGAAAGUCACCAUCAUGGUGUUCAUCGUCUUGGCCGUCUGCCUGUUCUGCUGGACGCCGUUCCACCUCAGCACCAUCGUGGCUCUGACGACGGACCUGAGGACCACGCCGCUCCUGAUCGGCAUCUCCUACUUCAUAACCAGCCUGAGCUACGCCAACUCCUGCCUCAACCCGUUCCUCUACGCCUUCCUGGACGACAGCUUCAGGAAAGCCUUCAAGAAAAUGUUGGAAUGUAGGCCCGCCUUAGCGUAAGGGGGUACGACGCGUGAAACCAGUCGCAGAGCUCCUCGCAGACUUACCGAGAGAAGGCUGUGUUGGAUGAAUUUGAUUGUUAAGCUUUAAGUUCAAAUACCAAUUGUCAAUGUAUGUGAUAGCUAUUUGACUUGCAUGGUUUACUA